UGAAAACUGAAAGUGUAUCACGUGAUCCCCAUGUUGCCACGCCCAUCUGAUCACCUGACUUCAACGUCAGCAGUUUUCUUCCUGUAAUUCAGUUUGGAGACUUUUACGUGUUUAUCGGAGCUGCUCAGUGUCCUCAAUGCUUCAGUGCGAGUCACCUUUCAGCUGUCUUUUUCUCCAUACUCUUUUCUCCCUGAGCUGUGUUCUUCUUUUUCCUUCUUACUGGUUCAUUGAUCGCCUUCUGUCUUGUGUGGUUCUCACCAGCAGAGAGCGCUCUCAGGGUCCUGCCCUGAGGAUCCUUUCCCUGGUCCUCGGGGUUCCGUUCUUCCUGCUUCUUUUCCUUCUUUCACUGCCCUUAAGUGUUUUAGGUUUUGUGUUCUGGGCUCCUCUGCAUCGAGCUCGCCGUCCAUUCUGUUAUCAGCGACAUUUACAGACGCACAGCCCUCCAGAGAAGAUCCUUCAGGGUGACUGCUUGUUCAUCUUCAUCAGUGCUAAUCUCUGUCUCCUGCCGGAUGGCUUGGCACGUUUCAGUAACCUGAGUCACACACAACAUCGCACUUCUCUCAUUUCCAAGUUCCUGAGUCUUCCCGCAGAGCCGGUACAGACCAGUAGUGAAGACUCAUUGCCGAUUUGUAGCACAGAAGAUGUCCUGCCAAUACUUGAGACACCUGAUAAGAAGGAGCAAGUUAAACAUGGAGAAGGAGAUUUCCCUUUUGACGUUUCCUUGGUUUUUCCCCAAAAUGCUGAUUUUUUAUGCCUGCAGGAAGUGUUUGAUGGACGUGCGUCUCGUAAACUGCGACGCUGCCUUGCUCCUUCCUUUCCCCAUAUUUUGUAUGAUGUUGGUCCUUCAGGACCUCACAGUGGUGGCUUCAAGUUCUUUAACAGCGGAUUAUUCCUGGCCAGUCGACACCCACUUAUUAAUGCCAAGUACUAUUUCUAUCCCAAUGCUCGUGGGGAGGAUGCUCUGGCUUCCAAAGGACUGCUCUGUGUCAAGGUUCACAUUGGACUCACAGAACAGAAGCAAAGGAUUGUGGGAUAUAUAAACUGCACGCACUUGCAUGCUCCUGAAAGUAAGUGUGAGCCUCUAGGGGCAGAUGUGAAUUUAUUCUUGUUAUGGUACCCCAUAGCUGACCUCUGAUCCUCCAUGUAUCCU